AUUUCUCAACAAAAAGCGUUUAAUUUAGUCAAACAUUAGUUUCUGUUUGUGUCUGUGUUUUGUCUCUUAAAACUUUGUGGACAACAAAUGUCAACAAUUAUCUCCAAUUACGGCAAACAAUGUAUUCGUGCAGUGAAUCCGACGUUUAGUCACAAUAUAUUCGUCGCUUUUUCGACAAACCAUUGGCCGCUAAAUAAGCCGAAAGUCGACAAAUCAAAAGUUCCGGUCAUUAAUGAGAAGGAACUGAGAGAGGAGUUCAUUCACGGCAGUGGACCCGGAGGUCAGAACGUGAACAAACUCUCCAAUUGUGUCCAAUUGACUCAUUUGCCAACAGGAAUUGUGGUGAAGUGUCACGUGAAUCGCGAGCAGCACCGGAACCGAGUGUUGGCCCGAGAACUUCUUGUGGAUAAAUUGGAUCAAUUGAUGAACGGUGACCAGAGUGUGUCCGCACAGCGGCACCGAUUGGUAACCGAAAAGUUUUCCAAACGAAACAAAAAGCGCGAAAAGUUGCGACUUUUGAAAGAAGAGUUUAAAGCACGCGAAGAGACGGCCAACGGAUUGACUAACAAAAUAUAA